CAUACCUAAAAAACACAUGUCCUUUCCUUAAAUAGAAAAGCCCUUAGAUCUUUGCUCCAUGGAAUCUUUCUUUGUGCUUUAUGUGGCUAUAUAUAUGCAUUGAGGAUUUGGUUUCCAAGGUAUUCACAUUAUAUUUAUAUUUGUGGUUCUCUUGUUUCUCAAUAAUAAUGUCUAGGAAUAUGAUGGAACCACUUGCUGUGGGAAGAGUGAUAGGAGAUGUGGUUGAUGUAUUCAACCCAAGUGUGAGAAUGAAUGUGAUUUAUUCCACUAAGCAAGUUGCUAAUGGUCAUGAGCUUAUGCCUUCAACCCUUGUGCCCAAGCCUAGAGUUGAGAUUGGUGGUCAUGACUUAAGGGAUGCUUAUACCUUGAUUAUGACAGACCCGGAUGCUCCAAGUCCUAGUGAUCCAUACUUGAGGGAACAUCUUCACUGGAUGGUUGUAGAUAUUCCUGGCACCACUGAUGCAUCUUUUGGGAGAGAGAUAGUGGAGUAUGAGAAUCCAAGGCCAGUGAUAGGAAUACACAGAUAUGUGUUCAUAUUGUUGAAGCAGCAUAGAGGGAGACAAACAGUGAGUCCCCCGGCUUCGAGAGAACAAUUCAACACAAGAAUCUUCUCUCAGGAAAAUGGCCUUGGCCUACCUGUUGCUGCUGUUUACUUCAAUGCUCAAAGAGAAACUGCUGCUAGGAGAAGGUGAUUCAUUCCUUCCAUUUCGACUCAACAACAAUCUAAUUAAGGUGGUGCAAGGGGAUAGGUGUUUGAUGAAUUGAAACAUUUUUCUUUCUUUUUUUUUGUUGUUGUUUGGAGUGCACAAUGAUUGGUGGGUUUUGGAAGAUAGGAGAUAUUCUAGUAGGGAUAUUCUAGUAGGGAUAUUCUUGAUGUACUUUACUUUACUUCACUUGGUGUGCUAUGUUACCUAUUAGGUUGUUGUGAGAAGUUAAGGACCAAAUUGAA